UUGUCUUUUAGUUAGUUAAUAAUAAAUAAAAUAAAAGAUUUAACUCUACACUUUAAGCUUAAUUUUAGUUGAGUCCUUGGAUUGAUCCCGAGGUUUUCCCUUCUGUUACAUUAGUGGAGAAACUUAGGUUUUGUUCUCUUUUUGUGCGACCAAAUCGAGUUUAACCGUACUUUUGUAAUUAAAAAAUAUUUGGGGAGGUGUAGGGAACAUUUGAUGGUGGUAGAGGGAGCAACACUCAAAAAGAAAAAGAGAACAAAACCCAUAUUCGCCCAAGCCCCAUUAGCCAUUACAUCUCAUAGUCCUGACCUAAACUCAAUUAGCGUAACCGUGCAGUGACGAGAAAACAACGGGAGUUUCAGAUUACGCGGUCAGUGUCGGACAUUGUGAUAACCAUUACGAGACUUAGUGUCAUCAAGAACGAUGAGUAUCUUGCAAGGGAAACGCAAGCGCCAAGACCUGGCUUCUGCACUCUCUGCGUCGAUGACCAACGAGGAGCGGGUGAUUUACAAUAUCAUUCGCGGGAAGAAGGAGAUGGGGAUAUGGCAAGGGGACAUCAAAAGAGAAACCAACAUCCCUGACAGCAUAUUGAAGAAAUCAAUCAAAUUGCUAAUCUCCAAGACUCUUAUCAAGGAAGUUGUGAACAUCCAAAACAAGUCCAAGAAGGUGUUGAUGGCCAUGGAAUUCGAGCCCUCUAAGGAGAUCACUGGUGGAGAGUGGUAUACAGAAGGCAGGCUCGACACACAGCUCAUUGAUGCUCUGUCUGAUGUCUGCUUGAAGCUUAUUUCUCGGAAAAAGAUCGCUACCCGCGAUGCAAUACUUGAGUGGACUAGAACCUUAGGAAGUGAGGUUUUUCCUGGGGGAGUCAGUCCAGGACAGGUGGAACAAAUUUUGAAAGUUUUGGUUAUGGAAAAUAAGUUACAAGAGGUGAACAGCACUGGCUUUGGGGAUUUUUCAUCUGUUCCUGCUGGUGAAGUUUGUUUUAGGAUGGCGAAAAAGAUAGGCACCAAUGUAAAAGUUGGUGCCAUGGCUUCUAUUCCUUGUGGGGUUUGUCCUAGGAUUAAAUUUUGUACACCAAAUGGUAUUAUAUCCCCAACAAAUUGUCAAUAUUAUCAGAAAUGGUUGGACUUUUAAUUGUGUUAUCCCCAGUUCUUUCUUAGUUUUAGGUUUUUUAUACGGCACUUUUUAGUUUUGACUUUUGG